AUGAGGACACAGAUGGUGACAAGUGAAGCAAUAGCGCACCUGGAGAUGGAAGAAAACCAGAUAUCCCUGGACAACCUUGAGAAGGGCAUAGACAACCCAGCUUUCGAAUCCCUGGGUGAGGAGAGACUCCACGAGGACCAUGAUGGUCCGCGUGGUGGGAGCAAGGAGGAAAGGCGAGGAGAAGGGAAAGGGAGAGUCUCCUCAUACUGCAGGAAGGCUCUGCAGCCAGCAUCCAAGGCAAAGCGCUUCUGCAAGGCUCAUGCCAAGACACUGCGGAUAGUCUUCUGGGGGAUCCUUGGAGCAGCCUACCUGUGCUACCUCAUUGCGGCCUGUUGGCUCAACUUCCAGCGAGCCCUUGCCUUGCUCAUCAUAACUGCUGUGGUUGUCUUCUUCAUCUUAUGGAGCCUCUUCAAGAAGCACUGUGGGGCAAAGGUAUUGCUGCUCCUCAGCCCCGUUCAGAAAUGCUUCCAAAAGUCCUGGCCAUGGCUGAAAUGGCUGCUGAGCGUGGUCCUCCUGGGCGGCCUGGUCACGUGGCUGGCUUUGGACACCGCCAGAAAUCCAGAGCAGCUCAUCUCAUUAGCUGGCUUCUGCUUUAUUUUGCUGUUUCUGUUCAUCUUCUCCAAGCACCACAGCGCAGUGUCCUGGAGAGCUGUUUUCUGGGGUCUUGCCUUGGAAUUCGUAAUUGGACUCUUCAUCCUCCGAACAACCCCUGGCAUCCAAGCUUUCCAGUGGCUGGGUGACCAGAUCCAGAUCUUCCUGGGCUACACCAAAGCUGGCUCCGUCUUUGUCUUCGGGAACACGCUCGUUGAAGAAGUCUUUGCCUUUCAGACUCUGCCCAUCGUUGUUUUCUUCAGCUGUGUGAUGUCCAUCCUCUAUUACCUCGGUGCCAUGCAGUGGCUCAUCCUGAAGAUCUCCUGGCUGCUUCAGAUCUCAAUGGGCACCACCCCUACUGAGACCCUGAGCGUGGCGGGGAACAUUUUUGUGGGACAGACCGAAGCCCCACUGCUCAUCCGCCCGUACCUUGCAGACAUGACCUAUUCAGAAAUCCAUGCUGUGAUGACUGGGGGCUUUUCCACCAUUGCAGGCAGUGUGAUGGGAGCCUAUAUAUCCUUUGGGAUAGACGCAGCAUCACUGAUUGCAGCCUCCGUGAUGGCUGCACCCUGUGCCCUUGCUAUGUCCAAACUGGUCUACCCUGAAGUGGAAGAGUCCAAGUUCAAGGGCAAAGAAAGCAUCCACAUCUCCAGUGGGGAAGAGCAGAACAUCCUGGAAGCUGCUAGCAGUGGGGCUGCUGCCUCGGUGGGGCUCGUGGCCAACAUCGCAGCCAACCUCAUUGCCUUCUUGGCGGUGCUGGAGUUCAUCAAUGCUGCCUUACUCUGGUUCGGGGAGAUGGUGGACAUCAAAGGCCUCUCCUUUCAGAUGAUCUGCUCCUACGUCCUCAUGCCCGUGGCCUUUCUCAUGGGGGCAGACUGGGCAGACUCACCACUGGUGGCCGAGCUCCUGGGGAUCAAGAUCUUCCUGAACGAGUUCGUGGCAUACCAGCAGCUGGCCACAUACAAGAAGAAUCGGCUGGAAGGCCUGGAGGAGUGGAACGGGGGCCAGAAGCAGUGGAUAUCUGAGCGUGCUGAGAUCAUCAGCACCUUUGCACUCUGUGGAUUCGCCAACCUCAGCUCCAUCGGGAUCAUGCUGGGAGGCCUGACCUCCCUUGUUCCCCACCGCAAGGGCGACUUUGCCUCCGUUGUGCUGCGAGCCCUGCUCACCGGCAUCUGCGUCUCCAUGCUCAACUCCUGCCUGGCAGGCCUCAUGUACAUGCCAAAGGAGGUGAGCGACUGCGUGACCUUCCUCAGCACCACCAACUUCACCUCUACCAGCUACCCCAUAUACACGUGCUGCAAGCAACUCUUUGCUAGCACGGUGCUGGAGAAUGGGACACUCUCCUUCACUGGAGUCUGGGAUGGCCAGGCGGAAAGCGUGCAAUGCCUGAUGCAGUGCUGCGGGCACUACAACCACACAUCCUGCACAUGGUGAACCCUGAAACUCACAGGCU